AUGAUUUUUCCAUCACCCACUUUCGGUGGUUGUAUUUUUCCAUCUGGCCAUGUAAGAUGAACGGGCUCUGCUUUCUUAGGUCGGGAAAACACGGCACUGUGGUACAAGCGCCGAAAAAGGGUGAAUCAAUUUGAGAGAGAGAGAGGAGAGAGAGAGGAGAGAGAGAGAGAGAGAGAAAGGACGAGAGGGAGAGGGGAGAGAAGACGUUGACUAUAGGCUACGCAUCUGCAGAUUAAGGAAUAUAUUAAAAGGAAAGUUUAUUUACUGGGUGCAGCAGCACCAGUGAGUGAGAGCCCCAGCCCCCAGGCCAGGCCCCAGUCCUCAGUGUGGAGUGAUGGAGCUGCCCCGUGUUGGGAACUGCAGAGCCAGGCGACGGACACCCCUGCUGCUGAUGUGACGGAGACACGCAAGAUGUAACUCGUGGAUUCUUCUCAAAGGCCCCACUCAAAUCCCUAGACGACAGAAAAAAAGGAGUAACAUCUGUUUAUGCACAUAUUUCUGUUAAACCCCCCUGGAAAAAACAGAGAUAGACGGAAGAUAAAACACCUUUAAAAAUGAAACAUUAAAAGGAACAAAUUGCCACUGGAGAAACUAAGCAAAGUCAACCUGGUUGAGGAAUCCAUCAUCUUGGGAUCAACAUCUUCGGAGAAAGGGCAGGGUCAUGUCCCAGUUGCCAUGCGCAUCACCACGGUGACCUGCCUUCCCUGCCCCUCUCCCCUCCUCCUCCUAUUGGUCCAGCUGCUACUGCGGCUCCUCCUCUCUGGGCCAGAAUUUGUAGAGGCCGCCUCCCCCUGCCCCACCCAUUGCAGCUGCUCCAAUCAGGCCAGUCGAGUCAUCUGUACAAGACAGAGUCUGGAUGGGGUGCCUGAGAGCAUAUCUGUCAACACACGAUACCUCAACCUGCAGGAGAAUUCAAUAGAGGUUAUCAAGUCAGACACCUUCAAGCACUUGAGGCACCUUGAGAUCCUGCAGCUGUCUAAGAACAAAAUCAGUCAGAUUGAGGUGGGAGCAUUCAAUGGCCUGCCCAACCUCAAUACGCUGGAGCUGUUCGACAACCGCCUCACCCUGGUCCCCUCACAGGCCUUCGAGUACCUCAGCAAGCUGCGGGAGCUGUGGUUACGGAACAACCCCAUCGAGACGCUGCCGGGCUACGCCUUCCACCGCGUGCCCUCGCUGCGCCGGCUGGACCUGGGAGAGCUCAAGAAGCUGGACUACAUCUCAGACGCCGCCUUCGUGGGCCUGGUCAACCUGCGCUACCUGAACCUGGGCAUGUGUGGUCUGAAGGACAUCCCCAACCUGACGGCCCUGGUGCGUCUGGAGGAGCUGGAGCUGUCUGGGAACCGUCUGGAGAUCAUCCGGCCUGGCUCCUUCCAGGGCCUGGUGUCUCUCCGUAAGCUGUGGCUCAUGCACUCGCAAGUGAAGGUCAUCGAGCGCAACGCCUUCGACGACCUGAAGAACCUGGAGGAGCUCAACCUUUCCCACAACUCCCUGCACUCGCUGCCCCAUGACCUCUUCACCCCACUGCACCAGCUGGAGCGGGUGCACCUCAACCACAACCCCUGGGUGUGCAACUGUGACGUGCUGUGGCUCAGCUGGUGGCUGAAGGAGACGGUGCCCAGUAACACUACGUGCUGCGCCCGCUGCCACGCUCCCCCUGGCCUGAAGGGCAGGUACAUCGGGGAGCUGGACCAGAGUCACUUCACCUGCUACGCUCCCGUCAUCGUGGAGCCGCCCACCGACCUCAACGUUACCGAGGGCAUGGCUGCAGAGCUGAAGUGUCGCACGGGCACCACCAUGACCUCGGUCAACUGGCUCACGCCCAACGGCACCCUGAUGACCCACGGCUCCUACCGGGUACGGAUCUCCGUGCUGCACGAUGGUACCCUCAACUUUACCAACGUCACGCUGAGGGACACGGGUCAGUACACCUGCAUGGUGACCAACUCGGCUGGCAACACCACGGCAACCGCCGUGCUUAAUGUCACUGCCGCCGACGUUGGCGUCAGCUACUUCACUACUGUCACCGUGGAGACGGUGGAGCCCAACGAGGGCCCGACAGUCUACGCAGGCGUCAUGAACAGCCACAACGAGUCAUACGUCAUUACCCCGUCUGGCCACCAGUGGAGGGGGGGGCUCCCUACCACCGCCUCCUCCCUGUCAGCCUGGUCCUUGUCCUCAUCCCGGGCCACCCGGCCCACCUUUACUGUGCCCAUCACUGCCGAGACGGGCUAUUCUGGCCUUGAUGACGUGAUGAAGACCACCAAGAUCAUCAUAGGCUGCUUUGUGGCCAUUACCUUCAUGGCAGCCGUGAUGCUGGUGGUCUUCUACAAGCUGAGGAAGCAGCACCAGCUGCACAAGCACCACGGCCCCGCCCGCGCCAUCGAGAUCAUCAACGUGGAGGACGAGAUUGGCGCCGGUGCUGGUGGACGCGGGAGUGGCAUCUCAGGGGGCGGCACCGUCUCUCGGGAUGGAGGCGGAGGGGGAGGAGUAGGAGGAGGGCAGAGCCUGAGGAUGCAUCACCCGGAGAUGGUCAACCUACCCAACCUGGCCAGACAGGAGCACCUCAACCACUACUACAAGGCCCACCACUUCAACAACAACAUGAUGGGCCUGGGCAUGGGCCUCAACAACAACAACAACCCCUCCCUCUCCCCCUGUUCCCAGAGCACCCCCAACUCCUGUGCACAGGGACCCACCUCCACCAGCGGUGGCACCCCCACGGGUGGCUUGCUGCCCUCCCCUGUGCCCCUGCCCCAGCUGGGCAUCCACAGCUCUCUGAAGGGGCUCAUGGGGAAAGGCCAGAACCCUCAGAUCGAGCCUCUGCUCUUCAAGAGUGGCUCCAAGGAGAAUGUGCAAGAGACUCAGAUCUGAGAGAGAGAGAUGGAAAAAGAGAGAGAGAUGAAGAGACAGAAAACAGGGAGGGAGGGAGGGAGGGAGAGAGAGAGAGAGAGAGAGAGAGAGAGAGAGAGAGAGAGAGAGAGAGAGAGAGAGAGAGAGAGAGAGAGAGAGAGAGAGAGAGAGAGAGAGAGAGAGAGAGAGAGAGAGAGAGAGAGAGAGAGAGAGAGAGAGAGAGAGAGAGAGAGAGAGAGAGAGAGAGAGAGAGAGAGAGAGAGAGAGAGGAGUCUGAUUGUACUAUCCCCAUGGCCAUAUUUGGAUAGAAAGUGUUGGCUGGCAGAAUAUGAAAUAUUACAUAGACAUUGCUUUGUAUGGUUAGUAGAGAGAGAAGAGAGAGAGAGAGAGAGAGAGAGAGAGAGACCUCACACCUCUACUGUGUCUGCUCAACACCCGUCCAAGCAUUAACAUCUUCUGAGACACUCCAAGACAGACACACACAGCCCGACACAAGGACAGGAACAUUCUAUCAGCUAACACAUACACAGUGCAUUAUGAGAUUGACAACUAUGUGCCAAACUUGUGCAUGUCUGUGCCAAAGUAAAAGCCCUCGCAAUCUAUAUAUCCAUCCGCAGCAUUCCCAGACUGAAUCAGGUGACCAGGUUCAAUACUCAGACACAAUAAGAAUCACCACGGUUAUAACUAAAUACAGAUCACCUCGUAUAUUACCGGAUACAAUCCAAGUCACCAUGUAUAUAUAGAGAUAAGAUCUGCGUCACGAUGUUGAAGUAGGCGGAUAAGUGUUUGGGACUGUGUCAGAGCAGUACAGGGCUUCCCAGACGCACUCUGUGGAACAGGACAGAAAGUAAACCAUUGAGCAGAACACAGUUUAGUGUCGGACAACAAGCAAUGUAAUAGGAAGAGGAAACAACAUCAACAACGGUUGUGUUUUACUUAGUGGGCUCAAUCUCACUUUCUCCCCUCUUUCACACCUGACUGGCUACUCUCUUUAAAGGAGAGGAAGGUAUAUGGAGUGAAUCGUCGUAAAAAAAAUAAUGUAAUAGCAAAAAGGACUACGAAAGAUACAAAUAAACUGUGAAAGUACAUAUUAUAUAUAAAUAUAUUUUCAUUCGAAGAAAUAAAUUAUGAAGAAUCUUUACCAAGUUUCUGACUAAAUAGCCACAGCUUCUGAAGAAUAUAUGAACUGCUGUCAUAGCGGUCAUCACUAUGAAAACUUUGUUUGGCUAGCAACAAGAUGGCCGACAUUCUGUGCUGGAGAAGGACAUAUUGUAGUGGAGGCUGUGGAUGAGCAAGAGCUAAAAUUGGAAACGGGCACAGUGUUUGAUUGAAUUUAUUUUGGCUUCAAUUUUUGUAGCAUCACAAAGCGUUCCCUCUCAAGACACAUAAACAGGGUCGUUGGAGAAGGGGGACCUUUACUCUCCAUUUAAUGAGAACAUAUGAAAUAUGAUUACAAAACUUCACCCUUUGAUACAAACUAUAUGGAUAUUGUAAUGAUGAUAAUGAUGAUAAUUAUAAUAAUUCAGUAAAUGCUUAUCAACCGUAUACUGUAGAUAGCUCUUAAAAGCAGAUAUAGGGUUAGCAUUUUCUCUGAUUCAAGUGGUAAUAUCUAAAAUUGCAAUGUGAUCGGUUUCAACUUCAUGCAUUCAGUAUAUCUGUAUGCAAUAUAUCAUGAUAUUGAGAACAAAUUAUUAUUAUAAUUAUCAUCAUUAUUACUAUUAUUAUUACUAUUGAUUAUUAUUGUUAUUAUUAUCAUACACUGAGUGCACAAAACAUUAGGAACACCUUCCUAAUAUUGUGUUGAACCCCAUUUUGCCCUCAGAACAGCCUCAAUUGGUCGGGGAAUGGACUGCAAGGUGUUAAAAGCGUUCCACAGGGAUGCUGGCCUAUGUUGACUCCAAUGCAUCCCACAGUUGUCAAGUUGGCUGGAUGUCCUUUGGGUGGUGGACCAUUCUUGAUACACACAGGAAACUGUUGAGCUUGAAAAACCCGGCAGUGUUGCAGCUAUUGACACACUCCAACCUGUGCGCCUGGCACCUACUACCAUACCCCGUUCAAAUUCACCCUCUGAAUGGCACACAUACUCAAUCCAUGCCUCAAUUGUCUCGAUGCUUAAAAACCUGUCUUUAACCUGUCUCCUCCUCUUCAUCUACACUGAUUGAAGUGGAUUUAACAGGUGACAUCAAUAAGGGAUCAUAGUCUUCACAUGGUCAGUCUAUGUCAUGGAAAGAGCAGGUGUUCCUAAUGUUUUGUACAGUCAGUGUAUAGGUGGCAGAGCAGUCUAGUACAUCCUUAUGAAAGUUAUGUUUAUAAUUGAUUCAGUGGGGAAUGAUUUGAUUACACAUGGAACGAUGACGAUCCUUUCAACCACCAUAUUGACUCCAACAACAGGGGAUGGACUGUGUUCCACCAAACACCAACCUGCAGAAACAGGAAAUACAUGGUCCUCAAAAUGGCUGCUCCCACGUGGCAUCCUCACAGCCCAUGCCUCCUCAGAAACUCCUCUGUUUUGUACAACAACACCAGUCUCAGCCGAUCAGGACCCCUCAUUUUAUUCUGUUGUAUAAAAGACAGGACAUGAACCUUUGACGAAGACUGCUCGUUUGCAGAGGAUUAUAUCAGAACUCAGUGUUCUCCUGUGUGAAUGGAAUUCAUGGCAGCAGGGAACUAAAGGAGGACAGCAUUUUGAAGCAUUUGAAAGGUAAGAGAAACCUAUUCAAUGAAAGAGACAGAAAGCCUAGAUGAAUCAUAUGGUGAUGGGUGAUUUUUGUUUUUUAAGGAAAAGGACAAAUAAAUGAAAAAUAUAGAAACGUAUAGAUCUCUUAAAAAAAAGCUAUUAUAAGUGUUUUUUCAUUUUGUUUUUUUAUCUAGUUUGAUUAUUUCCUUUUUAUCUUUUUUAAAAUUCAAGUGUUAUCUCAAUUGUAAUAUUGUUAUUGUUAUUAUAAUUUGCUAAUUACACUGGUUAAUAUUCUGAAAGAUGUUCUGUCAGCAGAAGUCACAUUGAAAAAUUAAAAUAUCUGGCACACAAAAUGGCGGUUGAACUCUGUGAAACUUGGUGGCAUUAGUUUUUUUGUGUUUUAAUUGAAACAUCACUGUUUGUGUGUAUCCCUUUGGCUAAUACAGCUGUGCUUGAGUUGAGACACACAGAAUGUGAAAUAGCCGGCGAGGGGUCUUUUCCUGCACAAGGAGGACAGGAUAGAUACUGCUUUGAUUUACAAGCUUGCUCACACUCUCUCUCACUCUGUGAUUUUCAGAAUGUCAUAGCUAUCAGUGCUCCGAGUGUGAUUUCGCUAAGUCAACACCCUGUUUCCAUGACUACCUACCCUCAGAAUAAUGCGCCAAACAGCGUCACAGCUUGCACCUCAUAUGGUGCCCGAUGCCCCCUGUUAAUCAUGUUCCUUGAAGACAACAUAUCCCUCUACAAGCCGGCCAGUGUUCUUCCAACAGUAGCACAUCACCUUUCACAGUGUGCCCAUAUCCUAACACAAUGUCCCUACAGGUUCCUGCCACCAGGUUUCCCUGGCAACUGUUGCAGCUGCGACAGUCCUCAUCAUAGCAUCUUGAUUUGGGUUUCUGAUGCAAAUAGGAGGGAGCAGACAGUAUAGAAGGCUAUUAACAUAUCCAUGGUCCUCACAAUAGAUAUUUAUAUUUUUUCACGGCGCUUACGCAAGUGAUUUACACAUUCAUGUUGCUCAUGGAAAUAAUGAACAUAUUCCAUUGGCUUAUUCCAGUGACUUACAUCCUGUAUCUAUAUCAUCAAAACACACUUUUGAUUUACUAAUGCAGUGAUUUACAUCGUCUAUAUCACUUCUACAUGUCAGUUGCAUAUUCCUACACCAGUGCUGAACGUAUUCAUGUCCCUUGCACUUGUGAUUAACACUCAUAUCCCAUGCACCAGUUAUUAACAUGUUUAUUUUCCCAACACCAGGGAUCUUUAAUCCCCUCACUAGUUAUUUACAUAUUCGUGUGUGUGUGUGUGUGUUCAGUGGUUCUGACAACAACUAUUCCCCCAGUACUCUGGAUGUGACUCCCUGCCUGUCUUGUCACCUCAGAAAGCAUUAUGAAGCCUUAUGAAGCUCGUAUGAAGUGUCACAGAGAAGAGCCAAGCUAGAAAGGCUUAGUGGCAGAACAAGUUAGGCCAGUGCCCCACAGUCCCAGUAACAUCACUGCAGUGACUGAGUCACACAGCACUGAACACACACUUAACACUAAUGGAAACGCUGUGUUUACUGUGCAGGAAGAGACCCGCUCGCUCAACCAUUCAGGGAAUAAGUCAAGUAUGUAUGUGUGUGUGUGCACGUUCAGUUACGGUACCUACAGUAGUAUUUUCGAUUACUAUGGCAACUUAAUAUUGUUUCCAUUAUUUAGAAUGCAGCUAUAUCCGUGUGUGUGCAUGCGCCUGCUAGGUGAGUGUAUGUAAUGUGUGGGUUGUGUAAGGAGGAUGCAGAGAGAGGGAGGGAGGGAGCCAGUCAGACCUCCAUUUGAAAUCCCCAGUUUAAAGCAGUUCUCUGUCUGUUUCCCUCUGCUCCAGGCUGGUUUAUGAUCCUCUCACUGACACUUUUAGUAAAAACGGGAUUUCUAGUUAAGCAGGGUUCCCCCCUCUCCCCUCUGCCUAUUGGGAUAAGCCCAAGAGAUCAAAGGUCCGCUCUAUCACGGCCAGUCUCUUCAGCAUUCCACUGGCCUCUGCCUCUCUCAACUCGUAGUCAAUCUGAGGUUACGAGCUUGUGGUCAAGUCGCGUGUCACACUGCCCUAGUUAUCCUCACUGUUAAACCAGCCAAUCAAGGCUAUAGUGUUUCCUAAUUGGACAGGGGCCGAUGGCCUCGGUUAUCUUGACAUGUUUGUCUGUUCUAGCUCAGGUCCUGGUCUAAUGAGACAAUAUUAAUCAGGCUUUUGAUAUAUUUAGGAUGUGAUCUUAAUUGGUAGAACCUGCUGUGUUCUGAUCAGAGCAGCUUUUUUAUGUCACCUUUAUUUAACCAGGUAGGCCAGUUGAGAACAAGUUCUCAUUUACAACUGUGACCUGGCCAAGAUAAAGCAAAGCAGUGCGACACAAAGAGCUAAAGAGUUGGGAGGGGAUCUUUGUGUUUUUAGAAAGUCAUGUUUCAGGGGCCUUAUUUGAGCUUGAGGUGAGUGUAGCCGAUGUGAAAUGGCUAGCUAGUUAGCGGUGGUGCGCGCUAGUGGCGUUUCAAUCGGUGACGUCACUUACUGUUACAUGAGCAUAGCCUUGUUCAGGUGAGACAACACCUUUAGGGAACCAGCCAGGUCCACCAUUGGAGCUGGUCCCAUAUGUGGGUGGUGAACAGAUGUAAGCCAUAGAAUUAGUAAGUUGUUGUUAUCUUCCCUCGUAGAGUUUAAUUUAAUUCUGUCACCCAACCAUUUAAAACUAGUUGUGAAACGACAGUGGAGCCGCUACAUUAUUGAUACUCAUAGUGUCAAUGAUGCAUACGCUCCAGCGCCAAAUGCAAAUGCUCCUCCCAGUUGUCAAGGCCAGAAGUGUCAAACCGCUGUAAUUUAUAAGCAUUAUUAUUGCUAUCAUAUUUUUUAACGGCCAUCAGAUGGCCUAUGAAUACAGACCCAGAGAAACCGUGCGGCUUCUAUAGUCACACAUCAUGAUAAUGAUGAUGAGGAUGAUGGUGACUGAGACGGUGGAUCUGUGUGUCUGUAGUCUCCUAGUUUAACUUUACGUCAUUGUCAGACUAGUAGUCAGUGGGUGAUUUUAUUACUAUGACGCCAGUCGGCCUUUAGAUGGGUUUUAAGCACGUCUACUUCUACGAGGAUGGUGUUUAGAUGCUCUCUUGGUUAUUCUGCUUGUGCGUGUGGUGCUGGCUCAGUAUUUCCUGUCCAUAUUAUCCCUGUGAGGUUUUGUGGAGGUUGAGAUCAGAUGCUCAUGGACGUCAGCCUCUAAUUGUGGGGUCCAGCAUAAUGGAUCUGGGCCAUCCGUGUGAUUUGUACAAGAGCCUGCAGCCACUUAUCAAACAGGCCUCCCUGUUGCCUACACACAUACGUAGGAGCGCACAUACGUACGUGUGCACACAUACACACGCACAAGCACAUAUAGGCAUGAGCGCACACACAUUUGCGGAUUGACUGACAUUGACUGACUAAUUGAUUGUGAAUGAUUGAUUGAAAGGGGCUUUCUUAAUGAUGUGUGUCUUUGUGCGGUGGGCUUAACACAAACCUCUCGCCAGCUCCCAGCAGGGCUGCGGUUCAGAGGCUGGGGCUUUGUGUUCUGUGAAGGUGUCCUUAAUUUGAGAACAGAGAGACAUUAACAUAUGACUUAUUUCAUUGUUUCCGUGGCAACCGUGUCCUCUGUCACAAGAUGUCCGUUUUGGUUGACUUGGGCGGCUGACAUGAGUGUUAGCGUGCCGUGACGCCGGGGAGAUUAGCGGUAUCUCAUCGUGGAUGACUUCAUCUUCUGUCGAUGACUGUCCUGUGCUAGAGGUCAGGCAACCUCAGGUGGAGAGGUUCAUAAGAGGGGAAGUUUUAUUUUUAGCAACCAAAUCUACUAUUAUUUAGAUUUCACUUGUUUUUGAGAAACUUACCCCAACUAGUGAUUCACUUCCUCAUCCCUGUAAGGGGGCUCUGAAAAAACAUGAACAAAUUCUCCUAAAACACCCAUGUACGUUCUUUUAGGAAUGGCAAAGCUCUCAGUAUAUAACAUCUAAAGACCUGCAUCGCUAUUUUGAGAGCUUAUCCGUUUCCGCAAACUGGACCCUUCUAUAACUUGCCAUUUACAUCAAAAAUAGAGAUUUGCUUGCAAAAAAGCUAAAUUCUCCUUUAACAUGGAGCAGCCAUCACUGUUACUCCAACACUCUAAUGGGACAUGCUGAAAAGCCUCUAAUUGUGGGGUCCAGCAUAAUGGAUCUGGUCAUCAGGCUAGGUCUUCCUGAGCACACCGUAGCUGUGGUAUUCAGCUGGGACACUGUUCUUCAUGUCUUUGAACACCCUGUUCUGAGAAGGAACAUUAUGGAACACUUCAUUCUGAAGGUUCUAGAACAUUAAGAUCCUUGUUUUUGAAAGUUCUAGAUUAGAGAAAUUGACUCCUCUAAUCCAAAGUGUUCCAGACUUGAUAAUUGAUAAUUGACUUGAUAAACCGCUUAUGACAGAUGUUCUAGAACACUCUGACGUUCCCUACAUUGCUCGUGAACCUUCCAUGUUUAUCAGGGAUGUGUUGUGGAGUUGUUGGAAUCAUAUCGGAAUGUCCUGAACCAUCGGCGACUAUUAAAGGAUGUGCUGAGCCAGCAGCUGUGCUCCUCUCCUCUCAGAGGACAAGCUCGCAGUCAAGUCUCCCAACAGCAACACACAUUCACCCCCUCUGCUACUCUGCUCUCCUCUCCUCCACAGCAACACAGCCUACAGAUUUACAGUUUAUGGGCGCCUUGGCUCGCCAUCAUAUUCACACUCUACUAUGUCUGAUGUUUGUUUGAAGCUGGGCGGCGGCCAUAGCGCACAUUACAAAGCUUUGAAGUGCAAAUGGCGGUCUGCUCCGCUGCACCCUAUGGAGGGCCAGUGUAGAAUAACCACGGUGUGAGAGGAAUACGCAGCCAGGGGAUCAUGUGUUGAUAGUUGUUUCCUUGUGUGGGGAUAGAGCGGCGCCAGCAACCCAGUGUGAUGCAGGGUCAAGUUCAAUCCAGACGCCAACACUGGUGGUCAGAACCUCCCUAGUCAGCCAGGCAGCAGAGUAGAGCUGGAGGAGGAGUCAGGGCUCUGAGGGCUGACCUGACUAAGUUGCUUAAAAGCGUUUGCUAAAUGACAUAGAAUUGUUCUAUUAUAUUACCUCCAGAAUCAAUGCAAUGAGCCAACUUGAAAGGGAGAAGCAGAGUAGCAGUAAACAUUCAUCAAUAUGAAAUCAAGUUUAAUGGGGCAACCCUCAGUUCAAACAAAGCACCUCCCCGCCAUUGUUUCGGUAAAAGGCUGAGGGAUUGGGCAAUGUAACCACUCUCAAAUUCAUAGGCAAUGUAACCACUCUCAAAUUCAUAGGCAAUGUAACCACUCUCAAAUUCAUAGGCAAUGUAACCACUCUCAAAUUCAUAGGCAAUGUAACCACUCUCAAAUUCAUAGGCAAUGUAACCACUCUCAAAUUCAUAGGCAAUGUAACCACUCUCAAAUUCAUAGGCAAUGUAACCACUCUCAAAUUCAUAGGCAAUGUAACCACUCUCAAAUUCAUAGGCAAUGUAACCAUUCUCAAAUUCAUAGGCAAUGUAACCACUCUCAAAUUCAUAGGCAAUGUAACCACUCUCAAAUUCAUAGGCAAUGUAACCACUCUCAAAUUCAUAGGCAAUGUAACCACUCUCAAAUUCAUAGGCAAUGUAACCACUCUCAAAUUCAUAGGCAAUGUAACCACUCUCAAAUUCAUAGGCAA